CGCAGUAUAAUUGUGUGGCGUGGCCUUUCAUUUUACGAUGCGAGUCCUCCGGUAACAGGAACUACUUCCGGGUGAAACACAGUGACCUUGGCUGCUAGCGAUCGUUAUGGCGGCGCUGGUGAGGAUCAGCUCGGUUUGUCACAGGGGCGUUAGCCCUCUGUUAUUCCGUAAUGCUUCUCUGAUCAGAACUUUGGCAGCACAUAAAAAGGACCGGGAUCACUCCUAUUUGCUCACAGCCAAAAUACACUCCACGCCGUCUUAUUAUGCUGGCUCUGGGACUAAAUCCGCCUCGCUGCACUGGACAGGAGAGCGUGUCCUGAGUGUAAUUCUCCUGAGCAUGUAUCCCGUCGCAUAUUUCUACCCUGGUGCUGUCAUGGACUACUCUCUGGCUGCAGCGCUCACGCUACAUGGCCACUGGGGAUUGGGCCAGGUUGUGACUGACUACGUUCACGGAGAGUCAAAAGUCAAGCUGGCCAGAGCAGGCCUGUUUAUCCUGUCCACCGUUACCUUUGCAGGUCUAUGCUACUUCAAUUACCACGACGUAGGGAUUUGUAAAGCUGUGGCUCUCCUCUGGAGUAAAUAGCUGGACUGUCACACAGGGUUUGUGAAAGUGGUUCGGGUUCUGAAGGAGUUUUUUUUUUCUCCCCCCCCCCAGUUGAUGUCCCAGUUGAUUGUAUACGUUUGUGGGAUUAAAUGUAAAUUCUAUAAAUAUAUAAUUUUGAAUCAUGAGUUUUUUUAAUCACUGUCGACUAAAUUGAAUCUGCCUAAAUUAUGACCGCAUGUAAGUGAGGGGGGUUUUUGUGAGUGGAGAGUGUUUGAGCUCAUAUCCACACCGUCAUAUGGAUACCAAGGGGGGGGUGAAAUCAGCAUCUGUUUGUUGGUGUUAGUCAUCCUAACCAUCUGUUCUGUGGUCAGGACACGUAUAAAGUUGGCUUUUCAUUACUGAAUUAUUUUUAUAUAUAUCGAAAUAACACUCACAUGAGAACCUGUCCUAGUUCUGCUUCACUUCUUGUUGUCUUGAAGGAAUCCUUUCUGACUGCUGAUUGUCUGUAUACAACAAGAACAUUACAAGUAAUUCCCAUGUCAGCUUGUUUUUUUGUUUGGAGAUCUAUCGGUCAGUCAGAGACAGCCAUGGCUAUUUAAUUUACUGACUUCUACUAUAAAAUCUGUCAGUAUUUUAUCAUAGCCUUAAUUCUGUUUAAAUCCAGCUUCUCAUGUAUAAAUUGUACACGGCCUUAAUUCUGUUUCAGACGAUUUAUUAUUAUUAUUUUUUGGUAUCUUGGCAUUUAUCUGCAAAUGUGGACGGAAUACUGUAACACACCGGAGCCAUCUGCUUGUGUGUACGUGUCUGUGUGCGUGUGUACAAGCUAAGACAUGAACACGAAUGGUACCAGUCUGUCACUAAGUGUUAUUAAUGAGCUCUGUCCUAUUCGUGCAAGUUAGCUCUAGCGUCUUUGGCCUUGCUGAAAUAAAGUGGACAUAAUCUUAAAUUCCUGAAUAAACAAACUUGAGCAAA